UAGAUGUUUACGCACUGCUCCAAUCUGAAAAAAAAAAAAAAAAACCCCUUCCUUUUCGAUUUUACUCUGAGAAAACUUUCCAGCAACGUAAGAUAUGAUUGAAAUGGAACUGUAGCUACCAAGAGUCGAUCUUUCUGUUAGAAGAAGCACAAACAUUGCUUAUUCUGAUUCUGAUUCUCCGACAAGGAGAAAAAUUAAACCAAAAAAAAAAAAGGAAGAUGUCGUCGUCGGAAAUUCCUGGGAUUUUGGAGAGCUCGAGGGAGCUUGAUCGGUUGAGGAAAGAGCAAGAGGAAGUGCUUUUAGAGAUCAACAAGAUGCACAAGAAGCUUCAAGCUACUCCGGAAGUAGUUGAGAAGCCUGGUGAUAGUUCUUUGUCAAGGCUUAAAAGUUUAUAUACUCAGGCCAAGGAUCUUUCAGAGCAUGAAGUAAAUAUUUCCAGUACCCUGUUGAGUCAACUGAAUGCUCUGCUUCCAUCUGGGACUCCAGGGCAACAACGAAGGAGGAUAGAAGGUAGUGAUCAGAAAAGGAAAAAAAUGAAGAAUGAGUCAGAUAUCUCAAGGCUGUCUCCUUCAAUGAGAAAUCAACUUGAAAUUUAUGCUAAUCUAAAGGGUGAACAGGUAGCAGCUAGGGUCACAGGUAAUAAUGCUGAAAAGGAUGAGUGGUUCAUUGUAAAAGUGAUGCAUUUUGAUAGGGAAACAAAAGAAUUUGAAGUGCUUGAUGAGGAGCCAGGCGACGAUGAAGAGGGUGGUGGCCAAAGAAAGUACAAGCUGCCCAUGUCAUGUAUUAUACCUUUCCCCAAGAAAAAUGAUCCAUCUUGUGCACAUGAUUUUCCUCCUGGAAGACAUGUUUUGGCUGUUUAUCCAGGAACGACAGCACUCUAUAAGGCAACUGUUGUCAGUCCGCCACGGAAGAGAAAGACAGAAGAGUAUUUACUAGAAUUUGAUGAUGACGAGGAAGAUGGAGCCUUGCCACAGAGGGCAGUACCCUUUCACAAUGUGGUUCCCUUGCCAGAGGGACACCGUCAGUGAAUCCUUGUUUAUAGCUGUGGAUAAUUAAAGUUGUUGUGUAGUGUUAUACCCUACCCCAGACAAUAUUGUUUCCCCCUUUCUCCCCUUCCUUUCAACUAAAAGGGACACAGUGAUGUACCAAACUCCUUCCUUAUUUGAGCCAUAAAAGUAGUGUAGUUGAACUUUUGCUUGAAAAUUAGGGAGUCGGGCUAGAUUUUCUUUUUCUCAAGUGCAAAUGCAGGAUUGCCACAGAAAAUGGAUGGUAGCAUCAAGGCUGCCAGGGUGAAAAAUAUUGCAUAUUUACUCUGUAAAUAAUUGGCAUGGUCAGUAUAUCUUUGGCAAUCUAAGUAUGAUGAACCAGCAAAAAAUCUCUGAAGUUAAAUUGUUACA